CCGGGUCCUCUCAGUGGUAAGCGCCGAGCAGCGGGUCGGAGCCGCCGAGUCGGCGGCGGGUCGGAGGCGUCGCGGGGCCGGGGCGGCUGAAAACGCAGUUUCAUAAGUUUCUCCAUAAAGGUCUUGCAGUAAUUUAUAAGAGUAAUCAGCACAUGAUCUUGAAGAGAGAUCACUAGACAAAACAAGGAAAAUUUGUGAGAAUCAAGAAUGAUGGACCCAUGUUCAGUUGGAGUCCAGCUUCGUACCACAAAUGAGUGCCAUAAAACCUACUACACUCGUCAUACAGGUUUCAAGACUUUGCAAGAGUUGUCAUCGAAUGAUAUGCUUUUACUUCAACUUAGAACUGGAAUGACACUUUCUGGGAACAACACAAUUUGCUUUCAUCAUGUAAAAAUUUACAUUGACAGAUUUGAGGAUUUGCAGAAGUCAUGUUGUGACCCAUUUAACAUACACAAAAAGCUAGCCAAAAAAAAUUUGCAUGUAAUUGACUUAGAUGAUGCCACUUUUCUGAGUGCAAAAUUUGGAAGACAGCUCGUACCUGGUUGGAAGCUUUGUCCAAAAUGUACCCAGAUAAUCAAUGGAAGUGUGGAUGUUGAUUCUGACGACCGACAGAGAAGGAAACCUGAAUUGGAUGGAAGAACUGCUAAAGCAUUGAGGUCACUGCAGUUUACCAACCCAGGGAAGCAAACUGAAUUUGCUCCGGAAACUGGGAAAAGAGAAAAAAGGAGACUUACAAAGAGUUCAACUGCUGGUUCAGACAGACAAGUGAUACCAGCGAAGAGUAAGGUCUACGAUAGCCAAGGCCUCCUGAUUUUCAGUGGGAUGGACCUCUGUGACUGCCUGGAUGAAGACUGCCUAGGAUGUUUCUACGCGUGUCCCGCCUGUGGCUCCACCAAAUGUGGGGCUGAAUGCCGCUGUGACCGCAAGUGGCUCUACGAGCAAAUAGAAAUCGAAGGAGGAGAGAUCAUUCAUAAUAAACAUGCUGGAUAAUUUGUAGUAUCAAACUUACGGGUUCUUUCAAGGUCCUCCAUUUCUAAAAUUCUGUCACUCUUUCUGAUUGUCAAAGAUGCAAAAGCCACCUCAGUAUGUACUAGUAUAGUAGUGUUUUAUGUGCUUCAAUGUAAAUUUAGAGAAGUCAUUUCUUAGCAGUCAGCCAUAAGCCUGAGUUAAUGUAACAAGUGGGUUUGCAUGUUUCCCUACCAACACUGAGGAAAAGGGUACCUAUGCCCCUAGGGGUGGGAAUAGACUUUCACAUUAAAGGGUAUUUACUGUGAGUACAGAAAUACUUCACAGCAUUGAAAGCACAAACAAUUGUAUAAAGUAUUAAUGUUUUGACAGAUAAUUAAAAGCCAUGGAACAGUUUCCUUCAUUGAUUAUUAUGAUUGCUUUACAUGGCCAUUUUUUUGGUCCCCUGCAUAGCUGGGCACAAAACAAAUUGAUUUGAUAUAGCUGCCUAGGUGAAUGUUAAACUAUUUUGGAAAUUAAGUGCUUAGAUAUAUUUUUCUUCAAUAAAAAUAUUUUACUACUGCAAACCA